GGCUUGGGCGCCUUCAGCCAGGAGGCGCGGGAGGCGCGAGCCGCUCCAGCCGUCCUGCCGCCGUCCGCGCGGGCCGUCCGUCCCCUCGGGGCCCCAGGGCCUGUGGCCCGCGGCUCCGGGGGGCGGGCGGGGCCCAUUGGGGCCCACCUGCCUCCUGGGGGGCGCGGUACGCUGCCUGCCGCCGAGCGCCGAGCAGUCACGGGUCACCGAGCCGCUCGUCCCUCUCCGGAAGCCAGGCCCGGAACGAGCCCAGGCAGGGGCGGCGACCGGUCCCCUGGACCCCCGCUAGCCCCGGCGCUCUCGGGCAGCGCCGUGUGGCGCGUGGAGCGCGCGGGGGCUGAGGGCUGGCGCUGGGAACGCGCCGUCGGCGUGGACUGCAGCGCCCCGGAGCCACGCUGCCUCUGGGUUCCCUACCUCGGCCACCGUGAUCGUCGUGCACCGCCAGGGCCACGCCGGGCCAGGCUGCCACUGGGCCCGCGAGAUGGGUGCUCACCUGGGCGCCCCCUGCCCUGGCAGGGGCCGAGGCCGCUGCUGCUGCGUAAGAGCCUGCAGGAUGGCUUCGGCUUCACCCUGCGCCACUUCAUCGUGUACCCGCCCGAGUCAGCCGUGCACUGCAGCCUGAAGGAGGAAGAGAAUGGAGGCCGAGGAGGAGGACCUUCCCCACGGCCCCGGAUGGAGCCCAUGGACACCAUCUUUGUAAAGAACGUGAAGGAGGAUGGGCCUGCCCACAGGGCGGGGCUUCGCACAGGAGACCGGCUGGUGAAGGUGAAUGGGGAAAGUGUCAUUGGGAAGACCUACUCCCAGGUGAUAGCUCUGAUCCAGAAUAGUGACGAUGCCCUGGAGUUGUCCAUCAUGCCCAAGGAUGAGGACAUCCUGCAGAUGGCCUACUCCCAGGAUGCCUACCUGAAGGGGAAUCAACCGUACUCCGGAGAGGCCCGCAGCAUCCCAGAGCCGCCCCCCAUCUGCUACCCCCGCAAGAGCUACGCUCCGCCGGCCCGGGUCCCUGCCUGGGCCACUAUGGUGCCUGAGCCUGUCUCAGCACUGCCCGGGGACACCCGGAGUCCCACUGCUUGGAGUGACCCGGGGCCACGCAUCCCGGCCACUGCUGCCACCGCCACCCGUGCCCAUCUGGACAACUCCUGCCUGGGGAUGAACCAGCCCCGCCCCAGUCCUGGUGCCUUCCCCCACCUGCCGUCAGAAUCCCGGACGCCUCGUGCCUUCCCAGAGCCUGGCAGCCGGGUGCCCCCAAGCAGACUGGAGUGCCAGCAGGCCUUGUCACACUGGCUGUCGAACCAGGUCCCCCGCAGGGCGGGGGAGAGACGGUGCCCAGCCAUGGCCCCCCGGGCCCGCAGCGCCUCCCAAGACCGCCUAGAAGAUGUGGCUGCCCACCGUCCCUGGCCCUGCUCCACCUCCCAGGAUGCCUUGAGUCAGCUGGGCCGAGAGGGCUGGCACCGGGCACGCUCAGACGACUACCUGGGCAGGGCCACCCGCUCCGCCGAGGCCCUGGGACCAGGGGCCCUGGUGUCGCCCCGUUUCGAGCGCUGCGGCUGGGCUUCUCAGCGUCCAACUGGCCGCACCUCCACCUGCCCAUCCCGGGACCUGCCAGGAGCCCAGGCCCCACCCCUCGCUGGCCUGCAGGGCCUGGAUGACGUUGGGUACAUCGGGUAUCGGAGCUACAGCCCAUCAUUCCAGCGUCGGACUGGCCUGUUGCAUGCACUUUCUUUCCGAGACUCACCCUUUGGGGGGCUGCCCUCCUUCAACUUGGCUCAGUCCCCUGCACCAUUCCCACCAGAGGCCUCAGAACCGCCACCAGCCAGAGUUGUCAGGCCAGAACCCAGCGCCCGGGCCUCAGAGCCCCCAGCUGAGGACCGCCGUGAUGAGGUGGUCCUGCGGCAGAAGCCUCCGACAGGCCGCAAGGUCCAGCUGACCCCUGCAAGACAGAUGAAUGUGGGAUUUGGGGACGAGCCCCCCGAGCCCGAGGCCAGUGGACGAGGGGAACGACUGAGCAGGAAGGUAGCACCCUUGGCUACUACCGAAGAUUCCCUGGCUUCCAUCCCCUUCAUCGACGAGCCCACCAGCCCCAGCAUUGACCUCCAAGCCAAGCACGUUCCUGCCUCUGCGGUGGUCUCCAGUGCCAUGAACUCCGCCCCUGUCCUGGGCACCAGCCCAUCCUCUCCAACCUUCACCUUUGCCCUCAGCCGUCAUUACUCCCAGGACUGUAGCAGCAUCAAGGCCGGCCGCCGCUCCUCCUACCUGCUGGCCAUCACCACGGAGCGCUCCAAGUCCUGUGACGACGGGCUCAACACCUUCCGUGAUGAGGGCCGAGUGCUGCGACGCCUGCCAAACCGGGUCCCCAGCUUGCGAAUGUUGCGAAGUUUCUUCACCGACGGGUCCUUGGACAGCUGGGGUACCUCCGAGGAUGCUGAUGCCCCUUCUAAGCGACCUUCCACCUCUGACCUCUCGGAUACCACCUUCAGCGACAUCAGGAGAGAGGGCUGGUUGUAUUAUAAACAGAUCCUCACCAAGAAGGGAAAGAAAGCGGGCAGCGGCCUGCGCCAGUGGAAGCGAGUGUACGCCGCGCUGCGGGCGCGCUCGCUCUCGCUGAGCAAGGAGCGGCGGGAGCCCGGGCCGGCGGCGGCGGGGGCUGCGGCGGCCGGCGCAGGUGAGGACGAGGCGGCGCCCGUCUGCAUCGGCUCCUGCCUGGUGGACAUCUCCUACAGCGAGACCAAGAGGAGGCACGUGUUCCGGCUGACCACCGCUGACUUCUGUGAAUAUCUCUUUCAGGCUGAGGACCGGGAUGACAUGCUGGGCUGGAUCAGAGCGAUCCGGGAGAACAGCAGGGCCGAGGGCGAGGACCCCGGCUGUGCCAACCAAGCUCUGAUCAGCAAGAAGCUUAAUGAAUACCGCAAAGUGAGCCAUAGCUCUGGGCCCAAAGCUGAUUCCUCCCCAAAAGGCUCUCGCGGCCUGGGGGGCCUCAGGUCUGAAUUUCUCAAGCAGAGCGCAGCAGCCGCACUUGGCCUCAGGACACAAGAGCCGCCCGCAGGGGGCAAGGAUGACAGUGCUGCCGCCCCCAAGACCCCCUGGGGCAUCAACAUCAUCAAGAAGAACAAGAAGGCGGCCCCGCGGGCCUUUGGGGUCCGUCUGGAGGAGUGCCAGCCGGCUACAGAGAACCAGCGCGUGCCUCUCAUCGUGGCAGCGUGCUGUCGUAUUGUGGAGGCCCGGGGGCUGGAGUCCACUGGCAUUUACCGGGUGCCUGGCAACAACGCGGUGGUGUCCAGCCUGCAAGAGCAGCUCAACCGCGGCCCAGGUGACAUCAACCUGCAGGAUGAGCGCUGGCAAGACCUCAAUGUGAUCAGCAGCUUGCUCAAGUCCUUCUUCCGGAAGCUGCCAGAGCCGCUCUUCACCGAUGACAGAUACAACGAUUUCAUUGAGGCCAACCGCAUCGAAGAUGCGAGGGAACGGAUGAAGACGUUGCGGAAGCUGAUCCGGGACCUGCCGGGACACUACUAUGAAACGCUUAAGUUCCUCGUGGGCCAUCUCAAGACCAUUGCUGACCACUCAGAGAAGAACAAGAUGGAACCCCGAAACCUAGCCCUGGUCUUCGGGCCCACGCUGGUGAGAACGUCCGAGGACAACAUGACGGACAUGGUGACGCACAUGCCUGACCGCUACAAGAUCGUGGAGACGCUGAUCCAGCACUCAGACUGGUUCUUCAGCGAGGAUGAAGACAAGGGUGAGCGGACCCCUGUGGAUGACAAGGAGCCCCAGGCGGUGCCCAACAUCGAGUACCUGCUGCCCAACAUCGGCAGGACAGUGCCUCCUGGCGACCCAGGGUCAGAUUCCACCACCUGUAGUUCAGCCAAGUCCAAGGGCUCGUGGGCGGCCAAGAAGGAGCCGUACACCCGGGAGAUGUUGGCGAUCUCCUUCAUUUCAGCCGUCAACCGCAAGCGGAAAAAGCGGCGGGAGGCGCGGGGGCUGGGCAGCAGCACGGACGAUGACUCGGAGCAGGAGGCGCACAAGCCCGAGGCCUCGGAGGGGUCACUGCCCACCGCCGCAGCCCCCGAGGCGCCUGGCCGCCUCAGUCCCCCCGCGGCGCCGGAGGAGCGACCGGCCGCGGACGCGCGCUCCAUCGUCUCGGGCUACUCCACCCUGUCCACCAUGGACCGCAGCGUGUGCUCGGGCACCGGCAGCCGGCGGGCGGGUGCGGGGGACGAGGCGGACGACGAGCGAAGCGAGCUGAGCCACGUGGAGACGGACACCGAGGCGGGCACGGGGCCGGCGGGACGCCUGGCACGCCGGCCGUCUUUCAGCUCGCAUCACCUCAUUCCCUGCGACACCCUGGCGCGCCGCCGCCUGGCCCGCAGCCGCCCGGACGCCGAGGGUGCAGGCCCAUGCGGGGGCGCGGGCCGGGCCGGGCCCCGUGUGCUGGAACCGCCCGGCUCUGCCUCGUCCAGCAGCCAGGAGUCGCUGCGCCCUCCGGCGGCCGUGGCCUUGGGCUCGCGGCCCUCGCGCAUCGAGGCGCUGCGGCUGCGCCUCCGCGGCACGGCCGACGACAUGGCGGUGCGCCUGCGGCGGCCGCUGUCCCCCGAGACGCGGCGGCGGCGGAGCAGCUGGCGGCGUCACACGGUGGUGGUGCAGAGCCCGCUCACCGACCUCAACUUCAACGAGUGGAAGGCACUGGGGGGCGGGGGCGCCCCCGAACCCAUGAGCCCCCGGGCCCACAACGACAACAAGGAUUCCGGUCUCAGCAGCCUGGAGUCCACCAAGGCGCGGGCCCCGUCGUCGUCCACCCCCUCGCUGCCCCCCGGGCCUGGGGACCCGGGAACCCUCCAGACCCAGUCGCCACGCCACUCGGUUGCCUCCCGCCUGCACCAGUGUCUGUGACGCGCCAAGGACCCCACCCUGUCCCCUGCGGAACCAGCGUCUGCCCCCACCUGGGUGCUGGAAUUCGCUGAGGCAAGCAUAGAAGGCCCAAGCUGGACGGAGCCAAUACAAGGGGGUUGGCUGCUGGCAUGUGUGACCCUCAGGGCCUUUCUGUGUCUACUUGUUGAGGCUCCCCACUGACCGUAGGGUGUGCUUGGCCACCCCCUUAUUUUGGACCCUGGUGGUUAUUGGGUACCCGUCCCUGGCCCUGCCCCCACUAAGCUUCUGACCGUGGACUGGCUCCUGGAGGAGGAACACGUGGUGUCCACAGGGUAGGGGUUGUGCUUACCGAAUGUGUCAUCACUGUCCAAAGGUGUUUUCCUGUAGCAGCUUCUG